AGUGGGCAACGCGCAAGCGCGAGACGGUAAACCAUGGCGGAUUCAGGAAGCGAGGAUAUAGCGGUGAUUGGAAACACAGAUCUGACUCCUUCUGAGUCGCAGAACAACUUAAAGAACACGAUGGUUGAAAAAGGGACAAGUCUUCUGAAGAAGAUGGAGAUCAGUGUGGCUGAAGCAGAGAAGAGGACUGGGAAGAAUGCAGUCAACAUGCAGGAGACUUAUACAGUGUAUCUUAUAGAAACGAGACCGGUGGAUGCUGCAUCAGAAGGCACCAGUCCUGUCCCAGAUUCUCUCUGGAGGCGUUACAGCGAGUUUGAGCUCCUUAGGAACUAUUUGUUAGUCACUUAUCCAUUUGUGGUGGUUCCUCCUUUGCCUGAAAAACGGGCGGAAUUUGUUUGGCACAAGCUGUCGGCAGAUAACAUGGAUCCUGACUUUGUGGAGAGGCGUCGGGUAGGACUAGAGAACUUCCUGCUGCGAGUGGCUUCACAUCCAGUCCUAGCCGAGGACAAGAUCUUCUAUUUGUUUCUCACUGAGCAAAAACAAGAAACGCAGAAAAGUUUGGAACCACUUGAGGGUGAGAAAAUGGAAAAAGCUUGGAAGGAAACCGUAUUCGAGACAGGAUUUCAGGCGAAGGCCGACUCCAGAUUAAAGGCGUUAAAUGCCACGUUCAGAGUGAAGAAUCCUGAUAAGAGGUUUGCAGAAAUGAAACACUAUGGCGAUGAGCUACAGGCUGUUGUUUCACAGCUGCUGAGAGUUCGGGCGAGAGCAGCUGAUCGCCUUUAUGGAGUCUACAAAGUGCAUGGGAACUACGGAAGAGUUUUUAGCGAGUGGAGCGCCAUUGAGAAAGAGAUGGGAGAUGGGCUGCAGAGCGCCGGACACCACAUGGAUGCGUAUGCUGCCUCUAUAGAUGAUAUUCUAGAAGAAGAGGAGCAUUAUGCAGACCAGCUGAAGGAGUAUCUUUUCUAUGCAGACGCAUUGCGGGCAGUGUGUAGGAAGCAUGAACUGACUCAGUAUGAACUGGAGACGGCCGUCCAGGAUCUGAGCUCUAAGAAACAGCAGCGGGAGGAACUCGCCACCGGGACGGUCCGGACCUUCUCUCUGAAGGGAAUGACCAGUAAACUGUUUGGACAAGAGACCCCAGAGCAGAGAGAGGCCAAGCUGAAAAUGCUGGAGACACAGAUUGAAGAAGGAGAGGAAAUGGUCAAAGACAGAAAUGUAGAAUGCGACGAGUUUGUGAAAGGUGCAUGGACGGACAUUGAGAGGUUCAAAGAGCAGAAAGACCAUGAUCUCCGAGAAGCUCUCAUCAGCUACGCCAUCAUGCAGAUCAGCAUGUGUAAAAAGGGAAUUCAAGUGUGGAACAACGCUAAAGAGUGCUUCAGUAAGAUGUAAGUGUUCGAGCAGGACAACCAGAACACCAGGGAGGCCUUGGAGAUGUCAAUCCAGAGAAGCACACACUCCUAGAGACUGACCAUGGGGACUCAAGUCUUCCUCUCGAGCUUAAACUUUUGUCAGCCUCUUGCACCAGAUGCUCUGGUGAAUAAAAGGUAUCGAAUAUUGACAUACACUAGUUUCAGAGUCCAAAUAAUGAAUAAAUGGGGUGCUGUUUUAUUUAUUGUCAUGUUCACCAGAUAGAUUUCUGAUCUGGUUACUUUUGUGAAUGCACUAUUUUGACCUACACAAGAGCUUGUGAAGGUAACACAAUUAAUGACGCAACGCUUCGGACUGAAACAAUAUAAUGACGACUUAUUGAUUCAUCUUGAACUAUGGAAUGAUUUUUGUAUGAUUUGUUGUCUUUUUCUUUGACUAUCUUCAUGCUUUUUGAUGCCAAAUUAAUUAUUUUUUUUUUACUUUUCAUUUUCUUUUUAAUAAAUCUAGUCCAUCAUAAACCACAAAAGCACAUUUAAAUUGUUAACAUAAGGGUGUGUGUUUUAUGAAGGGGGAAAAAAGUUGUAUUUUUAUCAUACCCCUCACCCCACCCCAUAAUGGUGGUCCUGCACAUCUGGAACGUGUCCAGUUUCCAGUUUUCAUGCGCAAUGAUCUUUAUCACCUGGCACGGAGGACACCAAGAGUCAGAUUUCCUAUGAAAAGUAAAGUAACUGGUCUUAUUCACAUGCAAACUAAAUUGGUCCUGACGCCCAUACAGCAAACAAAGUGCAUAAAUUCAUCAUAAUUUGCUGGUCUGUCACUUUUCUGCACGUUCAGCCAUAAAAGCAUAAGCUGUUUAUGACCACCGGCCCCCUCCCUCUCUAUGGUUCAGUUCAACUGAGAAAUAUUAACAUGCUGUUUAUGCCUUACUCAAGAAUAACUCUGCGUAUUUUCUACACUAUGAAUGCCAUAUUUGUCGUGUGUUAUGAUGGAUGGGUGGGGUCGAUGUUUUGAUAUAAAUCUGGCUGAAGGAAUACGAAUGUCACAGGAAAGGCAGGAUAUUAUAAUUUCCACAUUUUAGAGCAGCAUGAGCAACUCGGCCUGGUCAUUUGGUUCAUUUUUUGGGGGGUGGAGCUGAUUAUUUGUAUAUAUGCUGUUAAAAUCAUUGUUGUGUAACACUAAUGGUAAUAAUAAUGAUGAUAAUAUUAAUAAAGUACCAUUAUCAUUUGG